GUUAAUGUAAUUGCUGUAGUUACUGUAGUUGGUGUAGUACCUGUAGUUCGUGUAGUUAGUGUAGUUGGUAUAGUAGCUGUUGUAGCUGUAAUUGGUGUAGUAGCUGUAGUUGGUAUAGUUGCUGUAGUUGGUGUAGUUAAUGUAGUUGGUGUCGUUGCUGUAGUUGAUGUAGUUACUGUAGUUGCUGUAGUAGCUGUAGUUGGUGUAGUAGCUCUAGUUGGUGUACUAAGUGUAGUUGGUGUACUAAGUGUAGUUGGUGUAGUAGCCGUAGUUGCUGUAGUUGGUGUAGUAGCUGUAGUUUGUGUAGUUGCUGUAGUUGCUGUAGUUAAUGUAGUUCGUGUAGUUGGUGUAGUUGAUGUAGUUACUGUAGUUGCUUUAGUUGGUGUAGUAGCUGUAGUUGGUGUAGUUAGUGUAGUUGCUGUAGUAGCUGUAGUUGGUGUAGUUGGUGUAGUACUGUAGUAGGUGUAGUUAGUGUAGUUGCUCUAGUUGGUGUAGUUGCUGUAGUUGGUGUAGGCGGUGUAGUUGGUGUAGUAGCUGUAGUUGGUGCAGUUGCUGUGGUUGCUGUAGUUGGUGUAGUAGCUGUAGUUAAUGUACUUGGUGUAAUAGCUGUAGUUGGUGUAGUUGGUGUAGUAGCUGUAGUAGGUGUAGUUAGUGUAGUUGGUGUAGUUGGUGUAGUUAGUGUAGUUGCUGUAGUUGGUGUAGUUAGUGUAGUUGGUGUAGUUCAUGUAGUUAGUGUAGUUGGUGUAGUUACUGUAGUUGCUGUAGUUGCUGUAGCUGGUGUAGCUGGUGUAGUAGCUGUAGUUGGUGUAGUUGCUGUAGUUGGUGUAGUAGCCGUAGUUAAUGUAGUUGCUGUAGUUGCUGUAGGUAGUGUAGUUGGUGUAGUAGCUGUAGUUGGUGUAGUUAGUGUGGUUGGUGCAGUAACUGUAGUUAGUGUAGUAGCUGUAGUUGGUGUAGUUGCUGUAGUUGCUGUAGUAGCUGUAGUUGGUGUAGUAGCUGUAGUUGGUGUAGUUGGUGUAGUUGGUGUAGUUGGUGUAGUUGGUGUAGUUGGUGUAGUUGGUGUAGUUGGUGUAGUUGGUGUAGUUGGUGUAGUUGGUGUAGUUGGUGUAGUUGGUGUAGUUGGUGUAGUUGGUGUAGUUGGUGUAGUUGGUGUAGUUGGUGUAGUUGGUGUAGUUGGUGUAGUUGGUGUAGUUGGUGUAGUUGGUGUAGUUGGUGUAGUUGGUGUAGUUGGUGUAGUUGGUGUAGUUGGUGUAGUUGGUGUAGUUGGUGUAGUUGGUGUAGUUGGUGUAGUUGGUGUAGUUGGUGUAGUUGGUGUAGUUGGUGUAGUUGGUGUAGUUGGUGUAGUUGGUGUAGUUGGUGUAGUUGGUGUAGUUGGUGUAGUUGGUGUAGUUGGUGUAGUUGGUGUAGUUGGUGUAGUUGGUGUAGUUGGUGUAGUUGGUGUAGUUGGUGUAGUUGGUGUAGUUGGUGUAGUUGGUGUAGUUGGUGUAGUUGGUGUAGUUGGUGUAGUUGGUGUAGUUGGUGUAGUUGGUGUAGUUGGUGUAGUUGGUGUAGUUGGUGUAGUUGGUGUAGUUGGUGUAGUUGGUGUAGUUGGUGUAGUUGGUGUAGUUGGUGUAGUUGGUGUAGUUGGUGUAGUUGGUGUAGUUGGUGUAGUUGGUGUAGUUGGUGUAGUUGGUGUAGUUGGUGUAGUUGGUGUAGUUGGUGUAGUUGGUGUAGUUGGUGUAGUUGGUGUAGUUGGUGUAGUUGGUGUAGUUGGUGUAGUUGGUGUAGUUGGUGUAGUUGGUGUAGUUGGUGUAGUUGGUGUAGUUGGUGUAGUUGGUGUAGUUGGUGUAGUUGGUGUAGUUGGUGUAGUUGGUGUAGUUGGUGUAGUUGGUGUAGUUGGUGUAGUUGGUGUAGUUGGUGUAGUUGGUGUAGUUGGUGUAGUUGGUGUAGUUGGUGUAGUUGGUGUAGUUGGUGUAGUUGCUGUAGUUGGUGUAGUUGGUGUAGUUAAUGUAGUUGGUGUAGUUGGUGUAGUUGGUGUAGUUGGUGUAGUUGGUGUAGUUGGUGUAGUUGGUGUAGUUGGUGUAGUUGGUGUAGUUGGUGUAGUUGGUGUAGUAGCUGUAGUUGGUGUAGUUGGUGUAGUAGCUGUAGUAGGUGUAGUUAGUGUAGUUGGUGUAGUAGCUGUAGUUGGUGUAGUUGCUGUAGUUGCUGUAGUUGCUGUAGUUGGUGUAGUAGCUGUAGUUGGUGCAGUUGCUGUAGUUGGUGUAGUAGCUGUAGUUGGUGUAGUUGGUGUAGUUAGUGUAGUUGGUGUAGUAGCUGUAGCUGGUGUAGUUGGUGUAGUAGCUGUAGUAGGUGUAGUUAGUGUAGUUGGUGUAGUUAGUGUAGUUGCUGUAGUUGGUGUAGUUAGUGUAAUUGAUGUAGUUAGUGUAGUUGGUGUAGUUACUGUAGUUGCUGUAGUUGCUGUAGCUGGUGUAGUAGCUGUAGUUGGUGUAGUUGCUGUAGUUGGUGUAGUUGCUGUAGUUGGUUUAGUAGCUGUAGUUGGUUUGGUGUAG